AAGAAUCUCUCUCUCUCUCUCUCUCUCUCUCUCUCAAAGUUUUCAACUUUUUCGUUCUCGCGACCAUUGAGACGCUCCCUCUCGCCUAGCUUAUAUGUCUCGAAGGCAGUCUUUUUCGUAUGUGCCAGACUCUACAUUCUGAGAGAUGGGUGUGAGCUUUCUUCAAACACACACAAUUUCCACAUUGCAGCGAGCCUCAUCAUUAACUUCUUUCGUCAUAAGCCCAAGAUUAUACUGACUUGAACGCAUGAUCCCUUUUGAUUUCUUUCUCUGUAUAUGACGGUUUGAGUCUCUGGGUAUUCAACCGACAAAAACGAACAGAAACCGCUAUAAAGCAAAAGAAACAGAAAGAAAAGCUAUGGCAGGUGACAAAGUCUGUAACAUGACUGCUUUGCUUAAAAACGACACUCUUCCUUGUGAUUCUCUCCUGAUUCCUACUUCUGCCACUCUUCAUGGUGCAAAGUCUAUGGUUAACUUUGAGAAUGGUGGGGGAGGGGAUACCUUGGAUGCGCCAUUUUUCCAAGCUAUUGUUAAAGAAGAAAACGGCGAUGAGGAUUUUGAUGUGUGCCUUAACCGACCCGGCAAGAAAAGGCGGCUUACGGGUAGCCAAGUUCAGUUUCUUGAAAGAAACUUUGAGGUGGAAAAUAAGCUUGAACCAGAGAGAAAGAUACAACUUGCUAAGGAACUUGGGUUGCAGCCACGCCAAGUUGCAAUAUGGUUUCAAAAUCGGCGGGCUCGGUUCAAGAACAAACAGCUGGAAAAGGACUAUGACGCUCUGAAAACUAGCUACGACAGGCUCAAGGAUGAUUAUGACAAUCUCCUAACAGAGAAAGAGAACUUGAAAAUGGAGCUCGUUUCCCUGAAAGCUAAAUUGCUGGCUAGAGAGGAAGGGAUAGAAAAUUUAGAACAUAUUGAAGCCAUCAAUUCACCCAAUGAAGAACAUGGGAACCCAGUUUCUAAAACUGUCCCUGGAGUGAUUUCCAAUGCAACACUGCUGGCGACUCCCAAACGAGAAGAGGCAAGUUCAGCAGGAAGCGAUGUGUUCGAUUCAGAUAGCCCACAUUCAUUUUUGGAGCCUGGUGAUUCUUCUCAUGUUUUUGAACCUGACCAAUCAGAUUUCUCACAAGAGGAAGAAGAUGAUCUUAGCAGGAGCUUUAUGCCCACACCAUACUUCCCAAAACUCUACCAUGAUACACCAUCAAAUUCAUGUAGUUUUGAAUUCCCAGUGGAAGAUCAACCCUUUUGGACCUGGACUUACUGAGUUUAUUGCAUGUUAUAGAUAUGAGCUUCCACGUUACCUGAUAAUGCAAAUCAAACGUUCAGUUGUAAUUAUAGUUUUAUCAAGCAAUAUUAUAUAUAAUCUUGAAAUUGCUGCC